AUGGCCAUUGCAGCAUAUGACACCAUCAUCUUCGACCUCGGCGAUGUGCUCUUCGACUGGGAUGAGCCGAAGAACGUCGCGUCCCUUGCCGCACUCCCAAAAGGUGCUAUGCGAGAAAUGAUGAACUCAACCACUUGGUAUGACCUCGACCGUGGUCUCCUGCCUGCCGAGGAGGCUUACAAGAUCAUGGGAGAAGAGCUCAAAAUCGAGGCGUCGCUGGUACAACAGGCCAUCGAUGCAGCAGCGUUGUCUCUCCGAGUGAACGAGCAAUGGGCAGAGCUCGUGGAAAAGCUAGCUGCAAAGCCUGGGCUGAGGGUGUAUGCCAUGUCGAACAUCUCCAAGGAGCACUUCGAGUACAUACGGACGUUGCCGUUCCCAUGGGAAGCCUUCACUCGCGUCUUCACCUCCGCGGCCGCCGGUAUGCGCAAGCCGGACCUCUGCUUCUACCAGUACGUCAUCAACGAGACUCGAUGCAACCCUAGUCGUACCAUCUUCCUCGACGAUCGUACGGAGAACAUCGUCGCUGCUAGAUCUUUCGGCAUUCGGGGCGAGAUCGUAACGGAGAGCGAGAGGACCAAGGAAGGAAGGAUAUAUCGGUUUUUCAAGAACGUAGUCUUGGGGGAACCCCUUGCGCUUGCAGAAGCCUUCUUGCACUCCGAGAGCGGAAAGCUGGAUUCCAUCUACUCCGAGAAGGGAGUGGUUUUCAGGGACAACUUUGCCCAAUUGCUGAUCUGGGGAUUGACGGAUAUGGAAGAUAUCAUCUACCUUUUGUGGCCGGACGGAACGCGUUGGAAGGGGUCAUUGCGAUGCUCGUCUCCGGAUGACAACGCCUCCGUGGCCAGCUCAACCGAUUCAGCUGUCGUGCUCAACGACAAGGUCAGAGAGAGCAAGAAGUCACGUCCUCUUCAGGACGGCUUGUGGAACUACUUCACCGAGAAGCCAGUUGGGACCACAGAGACAUUCCCAGCCGAUGCCGACACCACCUCGAUCGCCUACCUGACCAUUCCGCAAGAGCACCUGCACCGAGUCGCUGAUCCCAAGCUUGUUCUGGAUGCCAUGGCCGCCAACAUGAACGUCGAUGGGAUCAUGCAGGUGUAUUUCACGGAGGACAGGCCACGCAUCUGUGCCAUUGUCAGCGUGAACAUGCUUCGGUUCUUCCUGAAAUAUGGUGGUGAUGACCUGGAUCUGGACACAGAUCUCCGCCUUGCUGCCACGAGGAACUUGGUUGUCAACUGCCUGGCCAACAAUGCAGUGAUGAAUGGCACGCGCCAUUACACGACGAUCGAGAGCUUCCUUUACUUCAUCAGCUUAUUCUUCGCCGAACUGAGGGCAAAGGCCGAAAGGAAUCCGACCAAGAAUGCAAAUCUGCUUCAGACGCUCGAAAGACAUAUCUAUCGCUCGCUGGUACAGUCGUUGGGCAAGCCUGCUAACCCGCUGGCUUUGGCGAUGAGAACGCGCGCUUGUCAAGUAUUCGGCAUCGAAAGAGACCUCCUUAGGUGGGAGAUGGACGAGUUGCUUGUCCUUCAAGAGGAAGAUGGAGGAUGGCCGGCGGGUUACUUCUGCAGAGCAGGAAGAACUGGUGCUGAUAUCGGUAGUCGGGGCUUUACGACGGCGAUGGCUUGGCGAAUUCUGAAGGACUAUGAGCCUGAGGGUUGUGUAGCAUAG